AUGCAAGGACAAAAAGACGAAAAAGUAAGUCAAGCUUGUAUUGCAUACUUGGAGGAUUUACUGAAAACAGAGGAAAACAAACAAUGUGCUGAUUGUAAUACUAAAGCACCAAGAUGGGCAUCAACCAAUUUAGGUAUUUUUAUUUGUAUGAAAUGUUCAGGUAUUCAUCGUUCAUUGGGAGUACACAUUUCAAAAGUUAGAUCAGUGUCACUUGAUAAAUGGACACCUGAACUAUUAGAGAAUAUGAAGUCAAUGGGUAACAAGAAAUCAAACUCUUACUAUGAAGAAUGUUUACCACCAUCCUUUAGAAAACCAGACUCAAAUGCCGAUGCCUAUACACUUGAACAAUUUAUUAGAGGUAAAUAUGAAAGAAAGGAAUUUGUUAGAAGAGAAGGUGGCGGCGGUUCAAACAAUGGAAGAUCUGCUGGUACUGGAAUCCACUCUUUGCCAAGAAGAGGUGGAGGGUUUAGUGAAACAACCAAAAGAUUUGAACAAAACGGUAGCCACAACAACAAUUACAAUGGUCGAAAUGAAUACAACGGAGGUGGUCGUAAUGAAUAUGGUAGAAACGAGUACGAGGGUGAUAUGAACAAUGGUCGCCAUAAUAACCGUAACGAGUACAAUAAUAAUAAUAAUAACGGUCGUAACGAUAAUAAUCACAAUAAUAAUGGUCGUAAUGAAUACAACCGUGGAGAUUAUGGUCACUCCAACAAUAACAGUGGCAACAACAACAAUCAUAAUAAUAAUAAUAAUAAUGCGGUAAGAAAACAAAACUUUAAUCCAAAUUCAUUGCCAAUGCCAGUGUCCCUACCAUCACAUAUUGCAAACCCAUCAUCAAACGUUUCUAAAAAUACAAACAACAAUAGAUUGUUGGACGAGGAUAUUCAAUGGCACGAAGCCCCCUCAUCAACAUCGGCAAGCAACUCGAAACAAUUGGUUGAUUUUGAUUUCAAUGCACCAGCUCAGCCACCAACUCAACCAAAACAAAGUUUUAUUUUUGAUCCACUCUCUGACCCAAACAAUAAUACUUUUAAUAACAAUAAUAAUAAUAAUAACUUUAAUGGAUUUAAUAAUACUACUAUGCCAAUCAACAAUGGUAUGGGAAUGAACAACGGUGGUAUGAUGCCAAUGAAUAAUGGUAUGGGAAUGAACAAUGUUGGUAUGAUGCCAACAAACAAUGGCAUGGGAAUGAACAAUGGUAUGAUGCCAUUGAAUAAUGGUAUGGGAAUGAACAAUGGUGGUAUGAUGCCAUUGAACAACAACGGAAUGGGAAUGAAUGGAGGAAUGAUGCCAAUGAACAACGGUAUGGGAAUGAAUAAUGGCAUGGGAAUGAACAACAGUGGUAUGAUGCCAUUGAAUAAUGCAUGCUGUCCCCAAAAACAUGGUCCACCCAAAUACCAACCACCAUAUCAACAACAACAACAAUAUGAAUAA